AUGGCACCAAGUUUACCGCAAGCAGGGGACAGAGUAAAACAAGGCGAAAUAAAUCAGAUAUGUGCGGGUUGUGGAGUUGCCACCAAAGUUGAAAGAGAACUGAAGGAAGGUGAAGCAGCUGAUGAGGGGAUCUUUGCCGAGAUGGUUGACUUCACCCGCCAUGAUCGCGAGGAAGAGUGCAGACGCGAGGAAUCCUCCGAACUGGAGCUAUUUACGACCGAUGAUGUCGAUGGUAAACAGGAUAAAGUAGUAGCCUGGCAAGAAUUCAAGUGCGGUGACAAUAAUCUGCCAAGAGCAUGUUAG